AUAUGUACACAUAAAUCGGACAUAUAUGGUACUUCAAUACACCUGAAUCGUACAAUAAAUGUUUUAGCAAAUGGUAAUUCGACAGAAUACCGUCCCGUGGUCUUCUUGCAACAUGGUCUCCUUUGCACCAGCUCCAUAUGGCUACUUAAUUUACCUCACCAAUCAGCCGGUUUUCUAUUCGCUGACCGUGGAUUUGACGUGUGGUUGGGUAAUAUGCGGGGAAACGUUUACUCUCGGCGUCAUGUUGUAUUAGACGGCAAUUCUAAUGAUUUCUGGAAAUUCAGUUGGGAAGAGAUGGCCGAAUACGAUUUACCAGCCAUGAUCGAUUAUGUGCUCAAUGCUACCGACCAGACGUCUCUCUACUACGUCGGCCAUUCACAAGGAACUCUGACCAUGCUUGCCAAACUCAGCAAAGAUCAGGAAUUCUCUAAAAAGAUACGGAAAUUCUUCUCGCUAGCUCCAGUAUCACGCAUGUCCCACGUCAAGGGCUUGUUUUACUAUCUUGGCCAAAUCUAUGAACAGUUUAAACUCGUCUACCGAUUAUUUGGCGAUAAUGAAUUCUUGUCGAACAACAUCUUCACUCGACUACUGACGGACAUUAUUUGCGACAAAUCCGUAAACAAUCCACUUUGUGAGAACUUUAUCUUCUCAGUAAGUGGGCCGAACAGCAACCAGUUCAAUUCGUCAAGAAUCGGCAUCUAUCUGGCACACAAUCCAGCCGGUACCUCAUCACGGAAUAUGCUACACUUUGCACAAAUGGUUCACACAAAAAGGAUGGCAUCAUUUGAUCGAGGUCCAGAAGGCAAUCGGCGGUGGUACCAUCAGACCUUUCCGCCAGAGUACGACAUGGGCAGUGUUCAUUGCCAUGUGUAUCUCUUCUAUUCGGAUUACGACUGGUUAGCAAAUGCCGCGGAUGUCGAGGAGUUCCUUAUUCCAUCACUGCCAAAGUCUAGUGUUAAAUUUACAAGGCUGAAGGAAUUCAAUCACAAUGAUUUCCUCUGGGGACUUCGUGCUCGGGAGGAAAUCUAUGAUCCGAUCACGAAUAUCAUCAAAAUAGACACACGAAGGCUAUUGAUCCAGAAACGCUUGAAUACGUAUUUCAAAAAUCUGCAGACAUGGAUAAUUGCCAAUAACACCAUGGACUUGGAUUCAUCAGCAAUUGAUCUCCCGUAG